UCUCCAAUGGCCACCUUAUUUGAAUAGAUUGUCCAUUUCGGAGAUCUCCCGGGAACGGUAAAAUCGGAACGUUGAUUAGGAGCCAAGAUUGGGGAAGCUCAGCCGGAUAAUCAGACUUAUGCAUGCGGCAGCAGCAUGCCAUAUGUGAGGCGUCGUCAUCGCGUAUGUUAUUGAUAAGGGCCCUACUAUAUUCGUGGGACGUUGCUCAGCCCAACACCGUACAUACCUCUCUCACAGUCUCACUUCGCUCUCAGAUGGCCCCGGCACGAAGUGUAGGUUAGGGAAGCGAGUGUGAAGAUGGUCUUCCUCGCUCCAUUCCUGCUCUUCUGGAGCCUCACAAGCGCGGCCAACGUCAUCCCCGUCAAGGAAUUCAGAACCCUCGAACAACUCGUCGCCAAAGCCGACGCGGAAGCCCCGAGAGCCGCAGCCUACACUCCGCUCCCCCCCUCGCUCGACCCCUGGUACCGCGCCCCGUCGACGUACGACUGGACGCUGGCGGACCCCGGCACGGUGCUCAAGAUGCGGCGGGCGCCGCUGCUCAACGUAACGGUCGGCAACGCGCUGCUGGCCUACCAGCUGCUCUACCGGUCGACCGACAGCCGCUACAACCCGGCCUGGGACGUCACCACGCUGUUCAUCCCGCGGUGGCAGGCGCGGUGCUCGCCCUCCACGCCGGCGCUUUGCGCGCACGCGCUGCUGUCGUACCAGCUGCCGUACGACACGUGCAAUGUGGACGCCAGCCCCUCCUUCGGCCUGCACCUGGGCGAGCCGUACGGCGAGAUCGCCGACGCGCUGGCGCUCGGCUGGUUCGUGGCCGUGCCGGACUACGAGGGCCCCCUGGCGAGCUAUGCCGCGGGCGUGCAGGCGGGCCACGCGACGCUGGACGGCGUGCGCGCCGUGCUGCAGGUCGCGGGUCUUUUUGGCCUGCGCCUGGACAGGGCCAAGGUCGCGCUCUGGGGGUACAGCGGCGGUGCGCUGGCGAGUGAAUGGGCCGCCGAGCUGUCGGUGCAGUACGCGCCCCAGAUGAAGCUCGCGGGUGUUGCGCUGGGCGGGCUGACGCCGAAUGUGACGAGCGUGACCGAGUAUCUGAACCGGAGGGAGGGCGCGGGCCUGAUCCCGCAGGGCCUGAUGGGCAUUGCGACGCAGCAUCCCGAGGCGUACCGCUGGAUCGUGAGCCGGCUGAGGCCCGCGUUCAGGGCCAGGUUUCUGAGCGUGAGGCGCAUGACGGCUGCGCAGGCGAUCAGGACCUUCAAGUACCAGGAUAUCUACGACUACUUCGUCGGCGGCUAUCGGGACCUGCAUACGAGGGUCAUGCAGAUGAUGUACAACGUGGACGGGUACAUGGGCUACCACGGGGUGCCGACGAAGAUGCCGCUGUUCAUCUACAACGCCAUCCACGACGAGCUGAGCGAUAUCCGGGAUGUCGAUGAGCUGGUCGGCAGGUUCUGCGAAGUUGGCGCCAACAUCCUGUACCACCGAAACACGGUGGGCACCCACACGCAAGAGCUCGUCAACGGGAGGGGGAGAGCCUUUGCCUGGCUGCGGAGCGUGCUGGACGGGAGCUACGACAGCAUCUACUCGUCGAUGGGGUGCACCAUUCAGAAUGUCACGUACAACCUGGCGCCCUGGGUGGGCUGGGGCUGAUGAUAUAUCUAGAUGGCUGGCAGCAUUUCAGUAGAUAUCCAUGGUACGUUCUACUGUUGCUCCCCUCUCCCGAAUGGCACUUACCGAAGGCAUUCAUUCACAUCACCCUUUUGACUUUGUCCUCGAUAAAGCCUUGCCCACCUCCUUCUCCUUCUUCACCCCAACACCAGCCCACAACCAACACCCUCACCAACAAUGGCCCAACCGCACUGGCAGACAACACAGCCCCAUUAAACGCGUGUCCCACUGCCCCAGCUCACAGAACCUCGCCCACGCGGCCACCGAGCUGACGUGGUAGCACAGGUCACUGACCAACAUCCCCCCUCCCCCGUCCCCCCACCCCUA